CACAAUGCUACUAUUUCUUCUUAAAUUCUCCAACAAAACUCAAAAAAAUCUCAAAACACCUCUCUUUGCAUUUGAUUCAUUUCUCAACAAAAAAAAUUUGUGUUUUUUCUUGCAUGGCAGCUCAUCUUUUAGCUCAUGAGGUAGCUGACCUAUGCCUUGGCAAGCCACCUCUUAAGUCUCUCUCUGUUACUUCAACAAUUGGUGAAGCUUUAGCUUCACUCAAAUUUUGUGAAGAAAAUUGUAUUAGUGUUUGGGAUUGUGAUCAUUUCAAGAAUGUUGAUCAAGAUUGUAUCUGUGUUGGGAAAAUUUGCAUGGUUGAUAUAAUAUGUUUUCUUUGUAAAAAAGAGAAUGUUAAUUCUCCUUCUUUGGCUUUGAAGUCACCUGUUACUGUGUUGUUACCUAAAGAUACUGUUCUUGUAAGGCAUGUUCAACCAUCUACAAGCUUACUAGAAGCCAUUGAUCUCAUCCUACAUGGAGCUCAAAACCUUGUGGUUCCUAUAGAGACCAGAUUUAGUGGCAGCUCAAGAAGAAAAUUUCUUGAGAAUUCUUCUUCAACAAAGAUUUGUAGUACUCUCCACAAUGGCCGCGAAUUCUGCUGGCUAACUCAAGAAGAUGUCAUUAGAUAUUUCCUAAGCUCAAUUGGGCUUUUUUCACCCCUUCCAACAGCUUCAAUCGAUGCCCUCGGCAUCAUUAGCACCGAGUUUUUAUCGGUCGGGUAUGACUCCAGUGCAUCGUCCGCCACUAAGGCCAUUUCCCGAUCCCUCGUGGAUCAGACAUCCGUGGCGAUUGUGGAUGAGGAUGGCGUUCUGAUAGGAGAGAUAUCGCCUUUCACGCUCGCUUAUUGCGGUGAGACUGUGGCUGCAGCAAUCACGACCCUCACAGCUGGUGAACUCAUGGCCUACAUUGAUUGUGGGGGCCCACCGGAGGACAUUGUGAGGGUCGUGAAGGAGAGGUUGAAGGAAAGGAAUCUUGAAGGAAUGUUGGAGGACUUCGAGAUUGAUCCCUCAGAUAUCUCCUCCAACUCAUCGUUAUCCGAUGAAGAGUUGCCUUCCCCGACCUCCUCGAGGUCUUCAUCGGGGGGAAGGUACAAUAAGUCUAGUAGCUAUUCAGCAAGGAUGGUAAGGAGGGCAGAAGCGAUCGUGUGUUAUCGGGGAAGUUCUCUCGUGGCGGUUAUGGUUCAAGCCAUCGCUCAUCGUGUCAACUAUGUGUGGGUGAUUGAAGAGGAUUGUAGUGUUGUGGGCAUUGUGACAUUUGCUAACAUGUUAGAAGUUUUUAGAGAUCAAUUGGAGUCGAUGAUGUUAGGACAUUUUGAUUAAUAAUAGUACUUCUCUUGAGAGAUCAAGAUGAUGAUGAGGCAAUAUGAUCUUGUGAACAUGAGAAUGUACCUCUCUUUUUUACUUUUUUUUUUUUUUUUUCUUCUUUUUGAACUUUGUGUAACCUGUGACUUUGUAAAAUUAUGGUACUAUUUUGUUACUUUCAGUAUCAAUCUCCUGUUUUAGGAAAUAUAAAAGUAUUGUUUUUGAGCUUUUUGUGCUACUGCUAUCUACUACUCCUAUUAGGUUUAAUAAAGGAGCAAGAGAAGUGGACAGGUAGCAAUAAAGAAAGGCCCCUCCCAAAGGAACCCCACUU